CUCGCCACGAACGCACACCGACCACCAGUUUCGCCAAUACUCGCCAGCAAUCACAAUUACUCGCUGUGAACGGGCCCAAAGAUGGCAACCAGUGCAGCUGUCGCCGUUGUGGUGGCUGUCCUCCAAGGCAAAGGCUUUCCGGAACGAAAGGGUCUCUCGUUUGUUGUGCGUGGCCGGUUUGAUUCAAAAGUGCUCUUGACGGACCCCGUGCCACACCACUCAAAGUUCCUCGUGGAGAACGAGCUGGCAUGGAUGGUGGACCACAAGACACUGCACCAGCUCCGUGUGCAACGGACGCCCAUCAAGCUCGAGUGCGUGGCCAUUGAUGAGCGCACCAAAGUGGAGCGCCCCAUAGGCUACAUCAUGCUUGAUCUCCGAUCCAUCAACGCUCAAGAGACCACCAAGUGGUUUUCGCUGUCCAACAACCAGUACCCAAAAGCCAAGCCCAUGCUCCAAGUGAUGUUCUGCAUUGAAACUCAGCAUGAUCCAACCACAGGCACACAGCCCAAAGACCGCGGUCCUCCUCUGUCGCUGGUUGACCCCGGCACAGUGUUCAUUGGUGCAUCUGGCGCCGCCCCGCACCCACCGCGCCCGUCUGACCUCUCGUACACCGCCGCCGUCGAGUCAGCCUCCUUUGAGCACCUCACUGCCAUGCUGGCUGCCCGCAAGAUGCUGACGUUCAACUGCGUGGCGGUGGUGCAUGUGCUUGGAAUGGACAUUGAGUCCGAUCGCUUCACUGCCGCACGCGCCGGUCACGUCGCCUUCACCACUUCAAAGCCGUUUACUGUUCGCGGCAGUCGCAGCGCUCUCGCCCGUCGAUUUGACAGCGACACCGCCAGGGUUGUUGUGCUGAACACGGCCACGUUCAAGCCCGUGUUGGCGACGGAGCUGUCGCUGGCGCCAUGCAGGACGACGAUUGGGCAGCCGUCCACACACACCAUUCUCACUGGCGCUGCACGUGAUGGAGAGCACACUUGCAAGAUUACACUCGCCCUCACGUUUCGCGCCUCCGAUCAUACAGCCGGCCCACAGCAGCAUCAACAACACCACCAGCAGCAUCAGCACGAGCACCAGCAGGAGGAACAGACGCAAGAUGAAGAGCGGCGGCACACCCAAGCACAACCGAGGAACGCUGGUGAGCAUGCCGUUGCUGGUGGCGGUGGCGGUGACAGUGUGCAGAGCCGCCAUGACGCAAGCAGCGCCCGUGGAAUGGAGCAAGGCGCAGCUACAGCGCAGAUGCAAAGCGACCAGCAUCACCCUCAUCAUCAUCAUCAUCACCAUGAAGGUGAAAACAGACGGCAGCAAGGUGAAGAGCAGGCAGGACAAGAGCUACCAGCCCUGCACCACGAUGACUAUGAGGAUGAUUUUGAAGACGAUGAAGACAACAGCGACGAUAAUGACGAAGUUACUGGUCGCAAAGGUGGUCGAGAGUUUCGUGGUGCACCCACUUCUCAGCAACACGUGAACGCCUCUGCACGCAAUGGCGACACCACCAACAGCAGCAGCAGCAGUGAUGAUGGUGAUGGUGAUGGUGACCCUGUUUAUGCCCAAGGACAACCACGGGCAGUGGCUAGACAGUCACCCCCACCACAGCGUCAGCAGCCACACGAGCUCCAGCAACAGGCACAGCAGCAACGGUACUCACAUGCAGCAGGUGAGCAAGCUCUCCCGGAAAGGCUUGCUCACCAUCAUCACCCGCAACCACAGCAAGCGCAAGAACAACAACCACAGCAACUACACCAACUACCGCCACAGCAACAUCAGCAGCACUGGCAUCAGUUUGAAAGACACCACGUUGCAUCUGACCAACAGCACGUGCACGCGCUACCAACACACGAACACGACUUCACAGACACCGAGACGGUGGUCACUGCCGCAUAUGUCCCCACAGCGCAGGAGCGGCAGCAGCGACAGUUGUCUGACACAAAGGCUGCGCUUGAUUUGGAAGUGUGGAUGCAGCGUGAGAAGGAGCGAUUUCAAGCGUCCUUGGAGAAGCAAAAGCGCCAAGUGUUGGAGACAUUGGCGGAGGAGUGGCGGCAGCGCAACGAACAGCGCGAGGCGCUCAUUGCAGAGAAAAUCCAGGGCUACCAGAAGCUGGAGGGAGAGCUCAAGCAAACGCUGGCCGAUUUGUCCGGUCGUGAGAAGGAGCUGGAGCGCAAUGAGGAGGACCUGCACCGCCGGCAAACAAAGCUUGAAGACGACUACCAGCGAAAGUUGAUGGACCUUCAAGACGCAAGCCGGCGCCUUGAACAGGACUUCUUGCAUCAGACCAGGCUGCAAGCGGAGAAAGUGAAAGGGCUGGAGGAAGACCUGAAGCACUCCAAAGCACUAGCAGCCCAAUAUCAGCAAGAAGGCUUUGAGCUGCGGCGCGAGAUUGCGUCCUUGCAAACACAGCUGCACCAAGGACCAAACGCACGGUUGGAGCACGAGCGCGCAGUCUUACAGGCUCAGAACACCGAUCUGCGGCAACAGCUCAAGUCCUCACAAGCGGCCAAGGAGAAAUACAAGGCGCAGUGGACCAAAGCGCUACAGACGAUUGCGAGACUGAAACAGAAGAGCGAGCUUGUUGCGCGCGAGCAGCUGCGGCGCGAACAGUCCGAGCUUGAGCAUAUGCGCCUACAAUACCUUGCACACGAGGAGAGGCAGGUGGCAAGUCGCGAGCGGCAGGAGCUUGAGGAGCUGAAGGAAGAGCUUCGUCGUCUCGCUGACUUGACGGCAGGAAACGGCAGCGGUGGUGACAAGCACACACGCGUCUCGCCCGCACGUCAGUGGAAGAACGAUGGCGCACGCAUGCCGCGCGGACGGGGCGGUGGCAGCGACGGUGACAGGAAACAGACACAGGCCGAAGUUGGACGGCUGGCGCAGGAGCGAGACGCGUUGCUUGCAUCUGGAGUGUAUCAGCCUCAUGACGCUGUCAUUGUCAACCUUGAUCGCCAGAUCAACCGCUUGCUCGGGGCCAAGUGAUUGCGCAUGACGGCCGAUGGUGGUGGUGUGGUGUGGUAUGAUGGUGUGAUGGUGUGAUG